UUACCUAAUGGAAUUUGGAUAUCUUCCAAAGUCAGAUAUCGAAACUGGAAAUUUAAGAACCGAAGAACAAUUCCGAAAUGCGAUUAAAGAUCUCCAGAAAUAUGCUCACAUUCCUGUAACUGGUAAUUUAGAUGAUAGGACAAAAGAUCUCUUAAAACGACCACGUUGUGGUCUACCAGAUAAAGCAGAUACAUUAGAUUUUUCUCCGGAUAAUCUAGAAAAAUCUGAUAAUCGACGACGUCGUAAACGUUAUGUUGUACAAGGUGCAAAAUGGGAUCAUUUAGAUUUAACAUGGAGGUAAGGAAAAACAUACCAAAAAUUUGUGAGUUUAAAAUUUUAUUUAUUAUUUAAUUUAAAUAAAUAUUUUUUAUAUUCACAUAAAUUAUUUUGUAUACUACUAAAUUAGCAACUUUUUUGUAAUUUUAAUUAAAAUUCCUUUAAAUGGAGAAAAUAUUGACCUCGAAAUAAGUGAAUUUAGGAAAGAAGUCUGAUUUGGUUUUUUUUGUUUUUGAAAUGAACCGAGAAGAGACAGACGUUUUAAUUAAAAUAUAAUGAAGAUUUUGAUAAAGAUUAUAUGUUUGUCAAUUUUGGUCGAUUGUAAGCAUGCCAUAUGUAUGUUAGAAUUAAUUGCCAUAAUUGCUUCUCCUCAUCAUAGUUUAUUCGAAAAAUUUUAAGAAAAUAACGUCCAAGCAAAGAAAGUUUUUAUCAACAAUCAAGAAAUUCUUCUUAUAUAUUUAUUUUAUGUUAAGAAUAUUUUUCUAUUUAAUAGUUUUGCUCUCUUCUAUCUUCAGUUUCAUUCAAGUCAUAAAAAAAUUACAAAUUUAUUCAAUAAUAUCGAAAUUUUAAUAGCAUUUUCAAGAAAACCUAUUUUUUUUUUUCAAUUCUUCAAUAUUAUUGUAUAGCAGAUCCAUUACGAUCUUUCAAUCCGUAUUAUACCGCGAUUAUCGAAACAAAGAAAAAAGAAAAAUAGUUUGAAAAAUUCAAUCAAGUACAAAAAAUUAUUAUCAACGAUUUUCCAUUCAUACCGAGUAUAAAUGGCGUCUCUCCUCCCUUUCACCCUCUUUUUUAUAGGUAAAGAUAACAUUUCUGAUAGAAAUUAUAAAAUUAAAUUAUUAGUGAAAAUUUUAAGAAAAAAAAAAAUAAUUUAAAAUUUUUUGAUAUAUCAAAAUCAAAUAAGUAGGAAAAAAGCAAACAAAACAGGAAAAAAAUGAAAUGAUUACUUACAUUUAAAAACAUUUUCAGUCUUUCAUCAAGGUCCGGAAGCAAAAAAAUACACAAACAGCAUAAGAAAACCGAUCUCUCAUAAAUCCCUUCUUUUUUUUUUAUUUAAUAAACGAUAAAAUAAGUGGGGAGAAAAAAAUUUUCAAUUCAAUUAACAUUAAAAAAAAAAUAUAGAAAGAAAAAGGAAAAUGAAAUCCAUUAAAAAAAUUUUCCCCAAAAAAAUUAUAAAAAAAAAAAAAAAUUUUUUUUCUCCAGUUUUUUUUUUUUUAAUUUUUCGGCGACUCCUUUGCAUUAAAUGUCUUUACUAGCGCCUAACGUAAAAAAAAAAAGAAUAAAAAUUUUUUUAUAACAUUUUUUUUUUUUCUCUCUCACUUCAUUAUUUUCACUGCCAUCGCCAUUUAAAUCUUUUAAAUUGCUAUUUUUUUUUUUUAACGGUAUUUCUUAUAUUAAUACGAAACUUUGAUAAUAAUCAUGAUAAAAUAAUGAUGAUAGUAGUGACGAUGAUGGUGAUGCGAUGACGGCUAUAUUAGUAAUGAUUUCUGCAAUAUUCAAUCAUAUAACAAAACAAAAAAAAAAAAAUUAAAUAAAGUAAGAAUUUUAAUUUUAUACGGCAUUUUUUUUUGUUUUCUUUUUUAAAAGCGCUACUUUCGCAAAAAAAAAAUUUUUGUCUUACUUAUAUAUGUAUAAGCAUUUCAUCAACAAGCUGUCAUCAGUAAUUUUGAAUUUAUAUACACAAUACACAAAAAAGAGAGAGAAAAAGCAACAGGAAUAUAUCGGAAGACGUUCUUUUCAAAUUAAAAUUUUAAUUUACAGUAAAUAUUCAUUGGUUUUAUUUUUAAAGAUGUAUAACAUUAUAUUUAUUUGGAACUACGAGUACUGCGGGAUUAUUAAAAAAGUAAUUGAAAAAGUAUAUUUAAAAAUUUUUUAGAAAAUUUAAAAAAUUUUCGACUUAAAAAGUCAACUUGAACUUUCUAGAAACAUAAUUCUGUUAUACAGGAUAUUCUUUAUAGAUUACAGAAAUUCUGUUAUAUAGGAAUAAAAACUAGUACGAAAAUUCUGUUAUACCGAAAUAAAAACUAGCACGAAAAUUCUGUUAAUUCGGGAAUAAAAAUUAGUAAACAAAUUCUGUUAUACAUAUAACAGAACGGAAAUUCUGGAAAUUAUAACUAGCACAAAAAUUCUGUUAUACAGGAAUAAAAAUGAGUAGGCAAGUUCUGCUAUACAUAUAACGGAACUAGUACGAAAAUUCUGGAAAUAAAAAGUAUUACGAAAAUUCUGUUAUACAGAAAUAGAAAUUUCAAUAUUAGAAUUAGACAUUUAUAUUCAUGUAAAAGUAAAAA